AUGUCGACAAAAAGCUGGACGGAACUCGCUGAAGAAGAGCUUCUCAAUGAAUUGGAAAAAGCUGUGGAUAUACUUGAGAUUGCAAAUUAUUGCUGCGGUGUACCCCCGAUCGUGCUUCGCUGGGACCCCAAGCCAGGAAAUUCAAUGGAAGCGCUCCUUCAGACCUGUGUCCCGGCAUCGUUCGGUCUCGGAGGAAAAGAUGUGCUUGGUGAAACAUAUCGUAAAGCCGGCAAGCUCGAUAGAAGCCAGUUUUCCAUCGACUUCCAUCCGCAUGACUAUGGAAUCCUUGAUGUUGUUGCUCAAACGUUACAGCAGAAUGUUUUUCAACCAGACAUUUUGUGGAAUAGGAGUAAUCAUCGAGGUGUGCUUGCCGAAUUAUACAAGCUCAAUAUCUAUUCUGGCCCCAGCGGAAAAUUUAAAGCACAUGUGGACACGCCACGUGGCACGAGACAGUUUGGUUCUCUAGUCGUCUGUCUUCCAUGUUCUUAUCAAGGUGGACAAUUGCGCGUCACCCACAGAGGCUCUAACACUUUUUUUUUUGACUGGGGCAAUAAAUCGGACAGCAUCCAAUGGGCUGCGUUCUAUAGUGACUGCGAGCACGAGAUACCCGAAGUCACGAGUGGUCAUCGUGUGACGUUGACCUAUAAUCUCUAUAUCUCGCAGCAAAUUGGUAUCCCCUUGCAAAAGAACCUGGUAGUAGAUUCGCCCUUAUCGCCCUUGUAUGAAGUUGCGAGAAAUGUUUUGGAUCAGCCUGAUUUCAUGAGAAGAGUUAUCGUUGACGUAUUGUUAGGUGGUGUGAUUGGAUUUUAUUGUAACCAUCUAUAUGCCCAUACUCAAGAAGACACAGAUGACGUCAUGCCAUAUGCAUUGAAGGGUAUUGAUAUGACCAUCUUUAAUACGUUUCAAUCGCUUGGUCUAGUGGUUAAGGCCUACCCUGUGCUGCGCCUGGAUCAUUGCCGGAAUAUUGUUGACGGAGGCGAAAGCGAAAGCGAAAGCGAAGAUGAAAACAAGUACAGAAGCGAAAACGAAAGUGAUGAUGGAAACAAAGGCAGAAGCGAAGUUGAAAGUGAUGAUGGAAAGGAAGGCAAAGAUAGGGUAUAUAUAACUCGAGCAGGAACUCAAUUCCAUGAAGUCGUGGAGAGUAAACUCAACGAACAACAUACAAAUGAUCUUGGAUGGCUUGGCUUAAUGGUAGGGGAGGUAGCCGUACUCCUGCAUUAUGCAAUAGCAUAUGGGAAUGAAUCAAGCGUCAUGUGCUUCUACUCCGAUGCUGCUAUUCUAAUUGAGGUACCAGCCUACGAUGAAAGAAUGGCAAAGAGCUUGGCAUGA